UUCUCUCAGAGAAAAUCUACAUUUUCUUCAGUCUCUUCUCCAUCUUCCUCCAUUUCCGUUCAAACUUCAAAGUCAUAACAGAAUUCAAUUCCUAAGCCAAAUUUCCUCUCUCUCUCUCUCUCUCUCUCUCUCUCUCUCUCUCUCUCUCUUACAUUCACACACGCACUCAGUUUCUGUUUGUUUUCAGUUAAUUUGCGUGUAAUUCUGUACUAGAAAUCGAAAAUGAUGGCGGAGGAUCUCGGCAUCGAAGCGAAAGAAACCGCCGUGCGUGAGGUGGCGAAACUGUUACCGCUUCCAGAGCUUCUUCAAUCUAUUGCUUCUAUCAAAGCCGAUUACAUCGCUCGCCAACAAGCUAAUGAUGCGCAACUUAGUACAAUGGUAGCAGAGCAGGUGGAACAAGCACAAUCUGGAUUGGAAUCGUUGGCCUUGUCUCAGAAGACGAUCAGUCAGCUACGAGAGAACUUCAUUUCUAUUGAAAAGUUAUGUCAAGAAUGUCAAACUUUGAUCGAGAAUCAUGAUCAGAUAAAGCUACUUAGCAAUGCAAGGAAUAAUCUUAAUACUACGCUGAAGGAUGUCGAAGGUAUGAUGUCAAUAUCUGUUGAAGCAGCAGAGGCACGAGAUUCAUUGAGUGAUGAUAGAGAAAUUGUUAAUACUUAUGAGAGGUUAACUGCACUUGAUGGGAAGCGAAGAUUUGCAUUAGCAGCUGCUGGAUCUCACAAAGAGGAGGUUGGCAGAUUAAGAGAAUAUUUUGAAGAUGUAGAUCAGACAUGGGAAACCUUUGAAAAGACUUUAUGGGGACACGUUUCCAACUUCUUUAAGCUUUCUAAAGAAAGCCCACAAACGCUGGUUCGUGCUUUAAGGGUUGUGGAAAUGCAAGAAAUUCUUGAUGAACAAGUUGCUGAGGAGGCAGCUGAGGCUGAGGGAGGUGGUGCAAUGGCAACAGUUGCAAAUCCUCGCAGAUCUGCCAAAAAAUCUACCACCACAGCAGUUUCUUCCAAAAACCCCAUGCAACAGAAGUUGAAGAUUCAGGGUAAAGGGUUUAAGGAUAAAUGUUACGAGAGUAUAAGAAAGGCAGUUGAAGGACGGUUUAACAAGCUACUGACAGAGCUUGUAUUUGAAGACCUCAAAGCUGCCUUAGAAGAAGCACGAACAAUCGGUGAAGAGCUUGGUGAUAUAUAUGACUAUGUGGCCCCAUGUUUUCCCCCACGAUAUGAAAUAUUCCAACUCAUGGUAAACCUUUAUACAGAGAGGUUUACUCAGAUGCUCAGAUUGUUGAGCGACAGGGCAAAUGAGUUAUCAAAUAUAGAGAUUUUAAAGGUAACUGGUUGGGUAGUUGAAUAUCAAGAUAAUUUGGUUGGACUCGGUGUUGAUGAGUCACUUGCUCAAGUUUGUUCUGAGAGUGGAGCCAUGGAUCCCCUCAUGAAUUCAUAUGUUGAGAGAAUGCAAGCUACAACAAGGAAAUGGUACUUGAAUAUCCUAGAAGCUGAUAAGGUACAGCCACCAAAGAAAACAGAUGAUGGAAAGCUAUAUACUCCAGCUGCUGUUGAUCUGUUUAGGAUCCUUGGGGAGCAAGUUCAGAUUGUUAGGGAUAAUAGCACAGAUGUCAUGCUAUACAGGAUCUCGUUGGCUAUAAUUCAGGUGAUGAUAGAUUUUCAAGCUGCUGAAAGGAAGAGGCUUGAGGAACCUGCUUCAGAAAUUGGUCUGGAACCUUUAUGCGCAAUGGUUUGUGUACUUUUGUAUAUGUGUUUUAUGCAAGUAAUUUUUCAUGUUUGGGUGUUAAAUUCUAUUUUGUUAGCUACUUGUUUUUUCUAUGAAAAUAACAAACAGAUAAAUAACAAUCUGCGCUGCUAUGACCUUGCUAUGGAGUUGAGUAACAGCACCAUGGAAGCCCUACCACAAAACUAUGCUGAGCAGGUUAACUUUGAAGAUACUUGCAAAGGUUUCCUAGAGGUUGCAAAGGAAGCUGUACAUCAAACUGUUAGGGUUAUCUUUGAAGAUCCUGGUGUGCAGGAGUUAAUUGUCAAGCUUUAUCAUAAAGAGUGGUCUGAAGGACAGGUCACGGAGUACCUAGUUGCUACAUUUGGUGAUUAUUUUACAGAUGUAAAGAUGUAUAUUGAAGAAAGAUCAUUUAGGAGGUUUGUUGAAGCUUGUCUUGAGGAAACAAUGGUGGUUUACGUUGAUCACCUUCUGACUCAGAGAAACUACAUAAAGGAAGAGACAAUAGAACGGAUGAGGCUAGAUGAAGAGGUUAUUAUGGACUUCUUCAGGGAGUAUAUCACAGUGUCUAAAGUAGAAAGUAGAGUCCGGAUACUGAGUGAUUUGAGAGAACUUGCUUCAGCAGAGAGUUUGGAUUCCUUCACACUCAUCUAUACAAAUAUUCUCGAACAUCAACCCGACUGCCCACCUGAAGUUGUUGAAAAGCUUGUUGGACUGCGAGAAGGCAUACCACGGAAGGAUGCAAAAGAGGUUAUGCAAGAGUGCAAAGAGAUAUAUGAGAAUUCACUUGUUGAUGGAAACCCCGCAAAGGCUGGUUUUCUUUUUCCGAAGGUGAAGUGUUUGACAGCUUCCAAAGGAUCUCUCUGGCGAAAGCUCACUUAGAUCAAGUGCCGUCAUGGACCCAGAAAAGAAGAAGGAAGUUGCUGUAAAGUCAAUCAUUUGUAAUCGUCCAUUGUAAUGACCUGGUGUCUUCAUUUUUAUUGAUGAUGACAAAUUUUGACCGUGUAUAUACGUCUCCUCUAUGUAUACUACUUGAUCUACGCCAUGUUUAGUUGGGUACGUAGACUAUUUUGAUAAGGUUUAUAAAAACAUCUAAUUAAAUAAA